AUGACGGCUAGUGCUACGCUUGCGACAAAGAGAGUGACAAGAUCGUCAUAUAAGAAGCGUUAUAACAAUUCCGAAGAGAACGAUGAGCAUCUAGACAAUCAAAAUGGAAAUACUGGUAAAAUUGACGAGAUAAGUAAUGAUGAAGAAGAAUUUGAUUAUUCAUACGAGGCACAAGAAGAAUUUGAAGAGCCGCCAUUACAUGUAUCGAUAAGUACUUACGUCAGCUAUACGCUGCUGAUAAUGCUUGCAUACUUAAAAGAUAUCUUAGUCAGGUAUGGAAUCUUGACUUUUGGUAGCAAUCUACGCAGAUCCAAGAUGGAGGAUUUUGUGCCUCUAUACUCUAACUUUGAAGCUCUGUUUACCCGAUUUAUUUAUAUGCGUAUCCGAGAUUGUUGGAAUCGACCAAUUGCUAGCGUUCCAGGUGCCGAGUUUGAUGUUUUAGAAAGAUAUUCCACUGAUAAUAAUUGGACAUUUCAGUAUACUGGGCGGACAAAGCGUUGCUUAAAUCUUAGUUCUUAUAACUAUCUUGGGUUCGCCGAAAAAAGUGGACCAUGUACAGAUGCAGUUGAAACAGCCAUUGAAAAAUAUGGCCUAUCUACUUGUGCAUCACGCCUCGACUUUGGCAUUUUGGACGUUCACAAGCAGCUUGAGGAAAGAAUGGCUGAAUUUGUUGGAAAGGAAGCAGCACUAGCUUUUGGUAUGGGUUUUGCUGUUAACUCUACUUGUAUUCCCGCAUUAGUUGGCAAGGGAUGCAUGAUUAUAAGUGACGAAUUAAAUCACGCUUCAAUUGUAACUGGCGCUCGCUUAUCUGGUGCUAAAGUUAGCGUAUAUCGUCAUAAUGAUAUGGAAAACCUAGAAAAGAUUUUACGUCAAGCCGUCAUCAGUGGACAACCAAGAACCCAUCGACCUUGGAAAAAAUUAUUAAUUAUUGUUGAAGGAAUUUAUAGUAUGGAAGGGUCUAUAAUCAAGCUGCCUGAGGUGAUUCGCUUAAAAAAAAAGUAUGGCGCUUAUCUUUUUAUUGACGAAGCACAUAGUAUUGGUGCGCUAGGACGUACUGGUCGGGGAGUAUGCGAACAUUGUAGUGUAGAUCCAAAUGACGUGGAUAUCUUAAUGGGAACCUUUACUAAGAGCUUUGGUGCAUGUGGAGGAUAUAUUGCAUCAUCUAAAGAUGUCAUUGACCAUUUGCGUGCCAACUCUCAUUCUUCUGCCUAUUCGGCAACUAUGUCUGCUCCAAUAGCACGGCAGACCUUGUCUGCUCUUUCUAUUAUUAUGAAUAAAGAUGGAACUUCAGAUGGAAAAAACAGAUUGAGAAGAUUAGCUUGGAAUUGCCGCUAUUUUAGGAAGCGCCUAAGGGAGAUGGGCUUUAUGGUUUUUGGAAAUAAUUCUUCUCCAGUAGUUCCAUUGCUUUUAUUUAUGCCGGGAAAGAUAGCUGAGCUUAGUCGUCGAUGUCUUCAAGAAAAUCUUGCUGUUGUUGUAGUUGGCUAUCCAGCGACCCCAUUAAAUUCGGGGAGAGUUCGAUUUUGUCUGUCAGCUGCUCAUACUAAAGAAAUGUUGGACGAUGCGUUGGAGAAAAUCAGCAAUAUUGGAGACUUAUUACAGUUAAAGUACAAUAAAUGA